GACUUUGACAACUUCCGGGCAUGACUUUGUUACGAAUGAAAAUAACAACAACAUAACACGCAUGGCAUCAGGUCGUCCUGAAAGAAAAGCUCCUCCUGAAAUCUUCUACAAUGAAGAAGAGGCAAGGAAAUAUACUUCAAACACUCGAAUGAUAGAAAUACAGAGUCAAUUGUCAGAGAGAGCUAUAGAAUUGCUGGCCUUACCUGAAGACACGUCAUGUUUCAUUCUUGAUGUUGGCUGUGGUUCUGGUUUAAGUGGUGAAUGUUUGACAGAGCAGGGUCAUUUCUGGGUCGGCCUGGACAUUAGCCCGCACAUGCUAGCUGUAGCCAAUGAGCGAGAGGUGGAAGGUGACUUGUUGCUAGGAGAUAUGGGGGAAGGGUUACCAUUCAAGCCAGGAACAUUUGAUGGUGUGAUAAGCAUAUCUGCACUACAGUGGCUGUGCAAUGCUGACAAAAAGUACCAUCACCCGCCAAAGCGAUUGCUAAAGUUCUUCUCCACUUUAUAUGCUUGCAUGGCCAGAGGCUCACGAGCCGUCUUCCAGCUUUAUCCAGAAAACAGUUCACAGCUUGAGUUGAUUACACAACAAUCUAUGAGAGCUGGGUUUACUGGGGGUCUAGUGGUGGACUAUCCCAAUAGUACAAAAGCCAAAAAGAUGUUUCUAUGCCUGUUUGCGGGUGGUCAAGCACAACAGCUGCCCCAAGGUCUUGGGACGGAAGCAUCUGAAACCAGCCAAACACGGGCAACAUUCACUUCCAAGAGAGAAAGAAUGAAGAAUGCUAGAGGCAAGUCUCUGAAGAAAAGUAGAGAUUGGAUACUGGAGAAGAAAGAACGACGAAGAAGACAGGGAAAAGAGGUGCGACCAGAUACAAAGUACACUGGCCGAAAACGGAAAGCAAAUUUCUGAGAAUACUGUUGCUAUUAGAUAUUGUUGUAUUUUAUUAAAAUGUCUUGCUCAA